GUCGCUCUACUAGUCUUGUGUCUCUAUGGUCACAGAACGGUUGGGGGGAGGGUAAAAGGAAGUAGUCUGGCGCAUGCGUACUGGAGACAAAGAAGAGGAAGACGGGCGAGUAAGACGCUGCGCCGUGAGAGGGCGAAAAGGGAGCGAAGGCGACUGUUACCGCCGUUUCCUUCAGGAUGUGGAAACUGGUUCCAAGCGCCGAGCCCAGUCCAGGUGAACCACAUCGACUUUUAAUUGGCAUCGAGUAUGUUGUUGGACGCAAGAACUGUGCCAUUUUAAUUCAAGAUGAUCAAUCAAUCAGCCGAAGCCAUGCAGUUCUUUCUGUUAGUCAUCCUCCAGUUAAUCUUAGUCAGACAUCUACGUUUCCUGUAUUAACACUAAAAGACACUUCCAAAUAUGGUACCUUUGUUAAUGGAGAAAAACUACCAAGUGGCAGUUCCAGAAAUUUGCAGUCUGGUGACAGAAUCACUUUUGGAGUCUUUGAAAGCAAAUAUAGAAUAGAAUAUCAGCCCUUGGUUGUGUGCUCUUCGUGCUUAGAUCUCUCACAAAAAAAUCUCCUGAAUCAAAACGUCCUGCAGCUGGGAGGCCAUGUAGUGAGUGAGUGGAAAGAAGAAUGUACUCAUCUUGUCAUGGUCUCAGUCAAAGUUACUGUGAAGACAAUAUGUGCAUUGAUUUGUGGCCGACCAAUUACAAAGCCAGAAUAUUUUGCUGAAUUAAUCAAAGCUAUUCAGACCAAACAACAGUUACCUAAGCCUGAAAGUUUUCAUCCUCCAGUUGAUGAACCAACUAUUAGGAAUGAAAAAUUAGAUCUGGCUGUGUGUUCUGCAAGAAGAGUAAUCUUCAGAGGGAAAAUUUUUUUGUUUCUGUCUGCUAAGCAGUAUGCAAAACUGAGUCCAGCCAUCACACUUGGAGGAGGAGAAGCGAAACUGAUGACAGAAAGAACAGAAUAUACGGCUUCUUUAGCAGCUCCUCAUAUUUGUGUUAUUGAUGUGGGCUUCACAGGCUCUCUUUCUGACUCGGGGAGGAGAUUGAUUGAUACUAUCUUAACAGUGUUGGAAAGGAAAAAAUAUAGAACAAUCUCAGAGGCAGAAAUUGGUUUAGCAGUUAUUUUUGCAUCCACAGAGCGGUACUGUAAUCCUCAAGCUUCUCUUGACACAGGAAUUUCUUCAUCAUCAAUUGGUACGCAGCCAAGUCUUUCUCAGAAGGCAUUGGUGGAGGAGACUGUAAAGCCUACUGCCACAGGUGAUGUCAUGGCAUAUGUAACGGAUGCAGAGCUGAUGGACACAUGCAUGGAAAUGUUUGAAAGUCAUCAAGAAAUGCCUCUUCAAGAUCAGAAAGGCAAAAUAGAUCCACUGGACAGAACUACUGUAAAGGAGACUCCAGCAGGAACUGGUACUGUAAACAUGGGAUCGGCCACAACCAAGCUGAACAGGCAGCCUUGGACUGAGCAGAGCAGUUUAUCAUUCUCACCUUCUAAAACUCCAGGUUAUGGGAGAAACAGAGAAAUCAGUUCACAGCAUCAAUCCAAUUCAAUUAAAAAUUACUUCCAAGCAACUACGAAGAAAAGGGAAAGGAAGGAGGAAGGAGAAACAUCAGUAUCAAAGUAUGUGAAGGUAGAUGAGAAAUCAUCCCAAGCUUCCAUUCGUACUCAGCUCGUAACAUCUUUGCCCUUGGAAAACAAAACAGAAGAAUCGCAAAAGGGACAAUGUACUCUGGAUCAGAAAAUGUACCAGUCUUCUGUAGACAUGACAACAAAGUCUGUGAUGGAGAGCAGCAAAUCAGAAGGAAAAAAUCCUAAUGAAAAUAUUCCUACUAGAAAAUCUGCAACAAAAAAGAGAAAAGAAUUGGAUAAUUUAGUCGAAGAUGCUGCUUCAUUAGAGCUUGUUUUUGCGACCAAAGAGUUAGACUGGGAAGAAGACCUAGAAGAUGGUGAUGGAAAAAGUGGUGGUAUGAAGAAAAAAAGGAAAGUAGAAAUUAAAGGGAAUGGUUUUCAAGAAGGAAGUUCUGAAAGAGGCACUGUGAAGCUAUUGCAAGAAAAUGAACAGGCCCUUCCAGCUUCAGUCCAGAAACAAGAGAUUAAAAAAGAAUCGACAUAUAGUACAAGAAAUGAAUUGCAUGAUCCUGAUGCAUUUGCAAGUGAUGGCAGCCAUCUUCCCAGCAAGCUUUUACUGACUGAAUUUAGAUCACUGGUGGUUAGUCAGUCAAGGAGAGGUGUCGCUGAUUCCACUGCAAAAACAAAUUAUGGACAUCUAUACAACUUCAAAAAAUUUAAAAAGGUUCCUUAUCCUGGAGCAGGACAGUUGCCGCACAUUAUUGGGGGAUCAGAUCUGGUAGCUCAUUAUGCUAAAAAGAAUUCUGAAAUGGAAGAAUGGCUGAGGCAAGAAAUGGAGGAACAGAGUCGGCAUGCAAGAGAGGAGUCACUUGCUGAUGAUCUCUUCAGAUAUAACCCGCAUAUAAAAAGAAGAUAGCUGUCUCUUGAUUUCAAUUUACUGCAGAGAAUAAACUUGUUUGGCUUCCUUGCUGGCUAUACAUUGUAGCACCAAAAGGUUCAUUUCACAUUGCUCAUACCUAUGAGAACCUGUAAAGAAGAGACAUCUCUUGGUUGCAAACUCUUUAACAGUACUUGAUGCAAACAAGUUACAGUUUAAAGUAUUUAAAAUGCAUGUCACAAUUUAGGAGCAUUAUUUUGGAUGCAAACAUUGCUUUAUAAAAAAAAUCUAGCAAAAAGUGUUUCUUUUUUAAAAGAACACUUGUUUUACCUUUUUCUUUUUUGAUAUGCCUUGCACAAUACUGAAAUAAGGACUAUAUAAACAUUUUAUAUAAACAUUUGAUUUGGAAUUUGUAGCAUGGAUUUUCAGAUUUGUUUUCUGCAUUACUUCUUUGCCAAAUUAAAUUUUAUUGGGAUGUA